AUGGACCAACCAACAGCCAGGAAGCUCCUGAGCGAGCUUGCAAAGCGAGAAGAUCUUGAGAACCGGAUAUGCGCUGACUGCGGCAAUCCUAAUCCUCAAUGGGCUUCUCUCGGCUUCGUUCGAUCGAUUUCGAUGGACACCUGGCAAGAGGACCAGCUGAAACGGAUGCAGAAUGGGGGAAACAAAUUGUUCAAGGACUUCAUGGCCUCAUAUCCAGGUGGACCCAAGUCUGAUGCAAGUCCGCACGAAAAGUACCAUUCCUGGGCUGCCUCGCAAUACAAGGAAAAGCUGGAUGCCGCUCUCGCAGGUCGCGAUUGGUCCCCUUCACCGGCCCCUCCAGGAUUCGGUGCAAACAGUCGAUCCGCGUCCCCCGCUCCAUCAGCAGCUGGCCUGCGCAAGUCCAGGGCAUCAGCGCGCAGUGGCCUAGGUGCUACACGAAGUAGCUCUCAGACCCCUUCAAUUGGGGGAUCUGGCAGCAGUACACCCAAUCUUCCAGCCGACCAGAAAGCUCAGAACGAGAGCUAUUUUGCCAGUCUGGGCAAGGCCAACGAAAGCCGACCGGAACACUUGCCCCCUUCUCAAGGGGGGAAGUACACAGGCUUCGGAAGCACUCCUGAACCAGCAGCACACCCAUCCUAUGCCCUAUCUUCAGCCAAUGCACCAACGCUCAACGACCUCCAAGAAAACCCUGUUGCUGCGUUGAGCAAAGGAUGGUCACUUUUCACCGCCGCUGUCGCUGGAGCUACCAAGGUCGUUGCAGAAAACGUCAUUCAGCCUGGAGUUGAAAAGGUCACCGAUCCCAACUUCCAAGCUACCGUGCGAGGGUACAUGACGGAGGCCCAGAAGAAAGCCGCGAUGGUUGGAAGCUCUGCCAAUGAAUGGUCGAAACACUCAUUUGGUGUCGACGUUGCUGAUACCGUCAGUGGAGUAGCACGUGCAGUCAAGGGAGGGCCUUCACGAGAAGGGUAUGGUCAGCUGUCAUUGACCAGUCCAAACGAAUUCCAGGAAACAUCGGGACUCUAUGAUCCUAGCCACGACGACGACUUCUUUUCUUCAUACGAUAAGCCACAGACCCAACCAACAACCUCCCUGAACACUGGUGCCGUCGGGUCUACCUCCAUCUCAAGGUCAUCGUCAAGUACAGGUAGCGUUGGUAAGGCAAAAAAAGUUGCAGCGAAGAAGGACGACGACUGGGACGAGUGGAAGGAUUUCUAG